CGUCACCCUCGCGGAGCGCAGAAGCAAGCGAGGGGUCGGGUGGUUGCGGCGGUGGCCCGCAGAACUGCGCGCGCCGUUCGCUUUCUUUCCAUUCGGCUGCCGUCGCGGUUGGCUUGCAGUCUGACACCGGGAUCGGGCUGAGUCCCGCGCCGCGGCCGGCGAGCGCAGCGCGCCAUGGCGGACCCGGAGGUGUGCUGCUUCAUCACCAAAAUCCUGUGCGCCCACGGGGGCCGCAUGGCCCUGGACGCGCUGCUCAAAGAGAUAAGGCUCUCCGAGGGGCAGCUCCGCGAGGUGCUGGAGGAGGCUGGGCCCGACCGCUUCGUGGUGUUGGAGACCGGCGACAAGGAAGGGGUCACCCGGUCCGUGGUGGCCACCACCCGAGCCCGGGUCUGCCGUCGCAAGUUCUGCCAGAGACCCUGCGAAGACCUGCACCUCUGCAAGCUCAACCUGCUGGGUCGGUGCAACUAUUCGCAGUCGGAGCGGAAUUUGUGCAAAUAUUCUCACAACGUUCUCUCAGAAGAGAACUUCAAGAUCUUGAAAAACCAUGAGCUCUCUGGACUGAACAAAGAGGAAUUAGCAGUGCUCCUCGUCCAAAGUGACCCUUUUUUUAUGCCUGAGAUAUGCAAAAAUUAUAAGGGAGAGGGUCGAAGAGUGGUUUGUGAUAAGUAUCCACAGUGUGAAAGGCUCCACAUCUGUGAGCACUUCACCCGAGGGAACUGUGGUUAUACCAACUGCCUCAGGUCCCAUAAUCUGAUGGACAGAAGGGUGCUGGCCAUCAUGAGGGAGCAUGGGCUCAGCUCCAGCGUGGUUCAAAACAUCCAGGACAUCUGCAACAGCAAGCACAGCCCAAAGAAACACUCUGGGCACAGAGCUCCUCCGGCCUAUCGUAGAGACCCGGCCUACAGAGGUAGAAGCAAGAGCAGAGACCGAUCAUUUCAGGGAAGUACAGAAUUUCUUCCAUCGGCUUCAGCUCCUACUCCAAAGUCCUGCACACCUGCUCCAAAUCAAAUCGGCCACAAGCCUCCCCUGGAUGACGUGCCCGUAGAGGACCUGGCCCACAGGUUCGUGCGUUUGGGAAGUCAGGAUGGCCCUCAGCCCUCCCCGGUCCCGCCUCAGGCUGAUAAUCUCAGAGGAAGAGAUCAAGUGGGAGGAAGCCUGCAUUUUUCAGAGAAUGGCAGCCCAGAAGAUCUCUGUUAUGGGAAUCAAGGUAGCAUUUACUUCCCUUCUGAUUCAGUGCCUGCUUCCAACCAGAAGGGCCCUGCAACCUGGCUGAAUGGCAAAGGCACUGGUAGAGAGAAUUUGUUUCCUCAGAGUCAAGCUGCCCCUGGCUGUCCUCUAGGUUCUCCACAAACACCUGAUGCCAUAACCGACAGAAAGAGCGUGGGCAUGCUCUCCUCGGACGGCGUGAACACCGAGGGCAGAGGUGGGAAACAAAAUGUCCAGUAUGUCCCACUUUUUAAUAAUAAUGUUGAUGGAAUGGCCACAGAUAUAAGUUCCACAAGACCUUUCAAUCACAAAACCGCAACCAGUAGACAGAGGGAAAAACCGUUGCCUAGGAAUCGGGACACCGGAACCACGCACAGUAAUCUCCAAACCACUGGCAAAAUCACAGAUGGCGAUGAUCCGACAGUGGCAUCUGUUAACAGUCAAUACGGAGAGAAGACAAUUUGGGCUAAUAAAUCUGUCCACGGUGCACUAAAUGGCUCUAGUCAAGUGGCGGAUGAAACCAUCAAAGUCAAUACAGCUGGUGCCACCGGUUUUGACUUCACACGGACAUUCAGAGGGGAUAAAAAUGCGAUGUGCUUUGGAAGUCAGAGUCUGAAAACCCAGGUCCUGCCGACACCUCGGGAGACCACUGUCCCCACCUCACAAGUCCGUACUCAGUCCAAGAUGCCACCUUCCACAUCCUCCUCAAGCAACAGAGCUGCAGCCUAUGCAAGCCAUGGUCAGAACUCUGCCAGUGAGCUUGCAAGGACCCCAAGAUGUGCUCUGUAUUCUGCAUCGGACGUUGAGAGUACCGGCUCUUCCAGGAUGGAUGAUAGUGGCUCGAAGGAAAUUUGUCUUGACCAUCUGUGUGGGGAUUGUCAAGUUGAAAACUGCAACAAAGUUCACUUCCACCUCCCUUACCGGUGGCAGAUGCGGCUUGCAAAUACCUGGAUGGACCUCCAGCCCAUGGAGAAUAUUGAGAAGGCCUAUUGUGACCCCCAAAUCCGCACCUUUUCUAUUGGAAAUAAAGACAUCGAUUUCCAGAAAAUGACUUGUAAUUUUAAUCCUAUCCGACGCAUCUCCACACCUUCAUCUGUCACAGCGCUGACCAAUUUUGUCUUUGCCACGAAAUGGAUUUGGUACUGGAAGAAUGAAUCGGACAAAUGGGUUGAAUACGGAGAGGAGACUGGCAAUCAGCAAGCUUCAACCAUCGACUCUUCCUACCUGGAGUCCUUCUUUCUAUGCUAUCCAGCGGGCGUUGUGCCAUUUCAGGCGGGUUCACAGAGCUACGAGCUGAGUUUUGCGGGCAUGAUUCAAACAAAUGUAGCUUCCAAGACCCAAAAGGAUGUUGUCAGAAGGCCAACAUUUAUGUCUUACAAGGCUGUGCAGCAGAUUAAAAAUGGGCUCAAUUAUCAGCCGGCGCAGACCCCAUCAGACCCUCUAUCCUCGACAUUGCUUCCUCAGUGGGACUUUGGCUCGAGUGAAUAUGAGUUGUUAGAGAUCGAUAAUCGGUGUCCGGAAUAUGCCAUGAUAAGUGACUAUUUUAAAACUUCCAUGAAAAAUUUCAAGAUUGAAAAGAUAAAGAAGAUCAAGAACACAAAGCUCUUGAAUACUUUUGAAAGGAAAAAAAUGAAGAUGAACAACAGAGUGGAAAAAAUUCUGUUUUAUGCAACAAGCCGCAUCCAUGUGGAAUCUAUCUGUAAGAAUAAUUUUGACUGGAUCUUACAUGGAACUGGUGAAACCAAACACGGAAAAGGAAUUUACUUCACAAAAGAUGCCAUCCAUUCCCAUAAAAAUUGCCAAGGUGAUACCAAAAACAUCGUUAUGUUUGUAGCUCGAGUCCUGGUUGGAAAUUUUACGCAAGGAGAGAUGGGAAGCACCAGCCCUCCCCCACCACCAUAUGACAGCUAUGUGGAUAUAAGGUUGAAUCCCUCCGUUUUUGUCAUCUUCGAGAAAAAUCAGAUUUACCCAGAAUAUGUGAUUGAAUAUACUGAACUAGACAAACCCUGCGUGAUCAGUUAGGAGUGAUGAAUACAGAGUCAUAAAGGAGGCCAUCACCCUUCUCUUCACUUACUGAGCCAGAUUGCCCCAGAUAAUACAUUUUUACAUUUCUCAUCUAGUUAUCAAAUGCCUUAGAUCAGUGGUUCCCAAACUUUGCUACACAUCUGAAUCGUCUGGGAAGCUUUUUAACAAGUCCAAUGUUCAGAUCGCACCCCGUGCCAACUAAAUCACUGUUUCUGGUGUGAGAGCUGGGCAGUGGUACUUUUUUUAAAUCCCAAGGAUUCAAAUGUGUCAUGGAGUUUGGGAACCACUGUCUUAGAUAUAACUGAGAAAGACGGAUUUCUAAAACAUCUGUAACUGCCAACAAGUUUCUCGCCCAGCUACUCUUCGUUUACUGUAUGACAUGGUUAAAUCUUGGUUAAAUUGAAAGAAAAUUAAUUUGGGCAAUUUGAGAGAAAUCUAAAAAUGCCUAUGGAAGUAAGGACAUAAGACCGUACCGCCUUGGAUAGAAGAUUAUGGAAGGUUGUGGGGGGCGGUUAGGAAAAUGCGGUGGCGGUGGGGAGGAGAGAAAAGGUAAUUUAAAUGCCAUUACAGAUGUAACUGUACCGUACCUUCGUGGUAAAACUGAGUUGGGGCACACAUUUCUUUAUAUCUAACGUUUAUUUAGGGGACCCCAUCCAGGCUCGUUCUCUGGAAUGCAAUGAAAAGAGCCACAAACUGGGGCUCAGAGAGAAGCAGCCAACUGGAGUUAACUGCCCAUUUGGGUUCUUUAUAUAAUUAUGGCAGAGUAGACAUUUAUAUUCCAAUAUAUGAUUAUAGAGAAGGUUUUCAGGUUGGACUUUCAGGAAGUGUCUGUAUUGUGGGGGGUCUGAGUUGUAGUAACCAGACUCACAGAAGCAUGACUGAUAAACCUGUGCUAGUGUAGUUGUUCGCUGUAACAGAUGAGGAUCACCGAGGAAUUAGGAGCAAGGCCAUCCCUACUGAAGGAUAGGCCCCUUAAGGAGGCGAGAUUUGUUUCUUGGUGAACACGGAACCAGAACAAAGAGAACAAUGCCUCAAACAGGUCUUACACCUGCAAGGGGCUUCUUUUUUUUUUUUUUUUCCUAAAUAUAACGGACUGUAUGGAAUUGAAGUACAAUCAGCUUUUAAAGCAGAUGAGGUUCCUGGACCAAGAUUUCUUUCCUUAUCACGAAUCAGAUUUUUCCUUCCAGUUUUAAUUUUCAGCAUUCUGUACCAUUCACCAGUUUCCUGUUAUAACUCCUGCCAGCAGACAUAUUAUAAAAGUUAAUUAGCACUAGAGUUGAUUUUAUGUUAGUCAGAUUGUAGAUCAGUACAAACAUCUCCACAACCCCUUGGCUUAAAGGACUCCACCAGUAACAAAUGUAUAGAGAUUUUUUAGGGCAGGGUUAUUUUCUGGUAGGCUUGUCACAAAUAGUUACUCGCUUUUUUUUUUUUUAUGGUGGUAUGUUUUGGAGCUUUCGUUUCCUGAUCUUGGUUCUCACAUUUUCAGAGAUGCAGUUUGUCCAAAUCUGAUUGCCCAUUAGGCAUCUCUACUUGGACAUUUCACAGACACCUCUAAAGCAACAUGUCCCCAGUGGAAUUCUCAAUCUGCCUCCUUCAAACGAAUCACCUUCUCCCCGAGUAUUCUGUGUCCAGAAGUCAUCCUUGACUUCUUGCUGUCCUUCUUCCAAGCUGUUCCCAAGUCUAGUUUUCCUUCUUAAAUAUUUCUUUGGCCCCUUCUGAGUUGUUCUUUACUUAGCAGUAAGAAUGGUCAUAUUUUAACAUUUUUUUUUACGUAAUAAUCUUUAAAAACACAAAUCUGAUCAUGCCUUUAGAAUAAAGGUCAAAAUCAUUAUUAUGGCCCUACAUGAUUUCUCCCUUCCCUGCCCUCUAUCAUUUAUUUUCUUCUACCCAAGCCACUCUGGCUUACUUUUAGUUCUUUGGUACACCUUUUCCCCUAGCUCAGUGGUUCUCAAUGAGUAUGCCUGCCUUUUUUUUUUUUUUUUUUUUGGACAAAUACAUUGUAACAUCUGCUUUAUUAUCCUUAAAGUGCAAUCCAAUAGUAAUAUACUCUACCUACACAUGAUUUCAGAAAUAAAUUUAAAAUUAAUUAAAAUUAACAUUAGCAUAAAAGGAAAAUAAAAGUUACAUUACUUGGGCAUGACUAUAUUAGAAGACUUAAGUAAUCAGAUGUUUACACCUACUUAUAAUGGGCAAAUUUACAAGAAGGUAGAUGAUCAAAAUUGCCUUUAUACAAAGUAUGGGAAAAUGAAAAAGCAGGGAUAGGAGUGGACCUUAGAAUAAAAACUGGUGAUGCAUAACUUUUUUGAAUAUGAUAGUACUUACAAGAGAAAUAUCGAAAUAGCCUUAAUUGAAAUAAAGAUACUAUGCAAGAAAAUCUACAGACUGUCGACAUGGAGAAAAUGAGGAAAUAUUCUAUUUUUUGCAGACGAGCUGUAGGUCAUACAGGAAUGUCUAGUGAGACAUUCAAAAUUCGUGUAGGGUGCAGAAUAGUUUCUUAUUGUGAGGAACUGUCCAGUAUGUUGCAAGAUGUUCGGCAUACUUGGCUCUCAUAAUACUAAGUGCCAAUAGCACCCUCUCCUCCCCCCAGCUAUAGGGCGACCAUAAACCCUAUCAGAUCUACUCACCCUUUCCAAAGCAGUCACAUUUUGUCACAUCCCAUUUGUUGGCCUGAGAGCACUCCGAGGUGAUACAAUCUACUUACAUACAAGAAUUUCUUUAAAAACCCAUUUAACACCCCAACUCUGUUAAAAUGGAAAAACAGAAAGAAAGAAAUCGGUAAUGAAACUAAAAGGAUUUUCAGUAUGUAAAUGCUCAGGCAUGACUGUGCUAUCUGUCCGACAUCAUGAAGUAGAUAUUUACUCCUACUUAGAGUGAAUAGGUUUGAAUUUCAGAGUCGUUCCGAGGCUACUUCUGAUAAAGAAGUACAGGAAAAUGAAAGAUGAGAGGUAUGGGUGACUCGAGGAUGAAAAUCAAUGUUAGAGUGAGUCAUAACAGACCACAUACCUUCUCUGUAUGUGGUAAGGGAAAGAGUGCAACUGGUAUAAGGAUAACAGAUUGUCUAAGAGGGAGGGGCACCUGGGUGGCUCAGUCGUUGGGCGUCUGCCUUUGGCUCAGGUCAUGAUCCCAGGGUCCCGGUAUCGAGUCCCACGUCGGGCUCCCUGCUCCGCGGGAAGCCUGCUUCUCCCUCUCACACUCCCCCUGCUUGUGUUCCCUCUCUUGCUGUGUUUCUCUCUGUCAAACAAAUAAAUAAAAUCUUAAAAAAAAAAAAAGAUUGUCUAAGAGGGAAAAAUGAAUGAUAUUCUCUCCAGCGAGCUGUAGGUCCUACAUAAAUGUCCAGCAGGACAUUAAAGAGGCGAAUAGGGUACAGAAUAAUUCUUCGUUGUGUGGGCCUAACCCAUCCACUGCAGGACAUCCGUUCUCCCUGGCUGCCUCCACUCAGUGCCAGUAAUAGUUCUCACCGAUUAUGAAGCCAACAACCCAUCCACUUCCAAAGUACCACAGUGAGAACCACUGACUUAGUUAAUGUCUAGCAUCCUCAGAUUCACUUACUUUUACCUCCAUAAGGAGUCCUUCUAUGGAGUAGAUGAGAUGCUUGCUUCCCCAAACCCCAGGUUGUUAAAAAACCGUGUGUCCUCCUUUGUUCAUGUUUAGCAUCUCUCCAACUUGUGGUUGUCUGCUUUCUGCAUUAGAAUGUAAGCUCCUCGAGGGCUGAGUCAACCCGUCUUGUUCACUGUACCAUACCUGUUACUUCGCUGAGUGUUUGAUACGUGGAUACCUUGGACACAUUGUGUUGAAUAAAGUAAGCUCGGCUGUUUACAGUCCAGCCGUUGAGUUGUAUUUCUUCUUCUUCAAGCAUAAUUUGAGACUAUCCAAUAAAGAGAAAUAUUAAUUUUG